UUGACAUGAGGUUUACCUUUGUUGUUGCUGGUUGGCCUGGCUCUGCACAUGACACAAGAAUCUUACAUCAUGCAUUAGCAAAUUUUCCUUCAUUUCCUGUACCUCCUAAAGGAAAAUACUACCUUGUUGACUCAGGUUAUCCAAACCGAAUUGGGUAUCUUGCUCCUUUCAAAGGGAGUACAUACCAUCUAUCAGAGUUUCGUCUUCGCCGUGGGCGUGCACUGCAAGGGAAAUAUGAGAUAUUUAAUUUCUUCCAUUCGUCUCUUCGCAAUGUAAUUGAGCGUGCAUUCGGAGUUUUAAAGCAAAAGUGGCGUAUAUUGAAGGCAAUGCCAAGUUUCUCACCUCGUACACAGAAGCAUAUCAUUCUUGCUUGCAUGGCAUUGCACAAUUUUAUUCGUGAUAGCAAAUUGUGUGAUCGGGAGUUUGAUAAGUGUGAUGAAGAUGAGGAUUAUCUACCUGGAGCAGCACGUGCAGCACCACAAACACAAGGAGAUGACCAGCCUGGGGUGGAUAAUGAGGAAUCCAUGAACGACAUUCGAAGUAGGAUCGCCGAUGCUUUGCUUAUGGCGAGAGAGGAAUAGAAUAUCUAUGUUGAUUGUGAACAUUAUUAUGUGAACCAUG